UCCUCGGUGUCUCCCCAUCCCCAAACACCACCCACAAAAUCCACCACUUCUCCACGCCGGCGAUCGCCGCCGCGCGUCCUCCUCGACGGGAUCCCUUCCGCCGCGACCAGGCGAUGAAGCUGAAGAUCAACAAGGCGUGCGACCUCGCCUCCAUCUCCGUCCUCCCUCCCCGGAGGAACCGAGGGGGCGGCGGUGGCGGGACCAGCGCGUCCGCGUCGCAGCAGCAGCGGUCCCAGUCGAUGUCCCAGAAGUCCUUCUCGCAGGGAGGCGGCGGGUCCUUCUCGCAGGGCGUCAGCGCGUCCUUCUCUCAGGGCAGAGGCAGCGGUGGCGCGCUGCUCUCGCAAGGCAGCGGAGGAGCGGCCUUCUCUCAGGUCGGUGGAGGCGGAGGCGUGGCCUUCUCUCAGGUCGGUGGAGGCGGCUCGUUCUCUCAGGGCGGCGGUGGUGGCGGAGGCGCGGCGUUCUCUCAGGGAGGUGGAGGUGGAGGCGGAGGCGCACCGUUCUCUCAGGGCGGAGGAUCGGCGUUCUCUCAGGGAGCUGGAGGCGCAGGCGCGGCGUUCUCUCAGGGCGGCGGCGGCGGAGGAGGAGGCGCGGCCUUCUCCCAGGGCGGCGGCAGCUUGUCGCUCUUGCAUUCGCAGUCGCAGAUCUCCCAGGCCUCCCUCGACGAGAACCUCCUCAGCCCUCGCCAUCCCUCCCCCGCGCGCCAUCAGAGAUUCUCCUUGCAUGAUGACUCGUCGAAGACGAUGUCUUCAUUUCCAGCCAAUUCAGCUUCUUCUGUGCUUGAUGAAUCUCAGCUGCAAAUGGCAAAAACUUCAAGCAAAGCUAUCCUUCGGUGGAACCCCUCUCUUCCAGAUAGCAAAUGUCAGAUUAAUGAGGAUGUUGAGCGCAAAUUUCAGCAUGUUGCAAGUUCAGUGCAUAAGAUGGGAAUGGUAUUAGACUCUGUUCAAAAUGAUGUUAUGCAGUUAAACAGAGCCAUGAAGGAGGCAUCACUAGAUUCAGGUAGCAUACAGAAAAAGUUUGUGCUCGUAGAGACCUCUCUCCAGCAAAUUCUUAAGGGACAAGACGAUCUCAAGGCGCUCCUUGAAGGCAGCACAAAAAGCAAUCCUGACCAGAAGAGUGCUCUGAACAACCACACCAGCAAACUCGAUGAGAUACUAUCGACACUUUCAAUCCUGAAGCAAGUGCAGGAAGAUUUGAGGCAACUGAAGGGUGACAUCUUCAGAAUCUUUACAAAAGAGAUGGAGGGGAUUGUUAGAGCUAUCAGUUCUCUCAAUAGUAGGCCUGAUGCAAUGCAAGCACCGACACACCUGAGCUGCAACACCAACAGAAAAUCUCCGAUUAACCAACCAUCAGUAGAAAGCCCGCUGGUGAACCAAAGACCAGUAGCAGAUGGCAAACAGACACCGGUAGCAGAUGGAAGGCCACAGAGGAAACAAGCGCCAGUAGCAAAUGGAAGGCCACAGAGGAAACAAGCGCCAGUAGCAAAUGGAAGGCCACAGAGGAAACAAGCGCCAGUAGCAAAUGGAAGGCCACAGAGGAAACAAGCGCCAGUAGCAAAUGGAAGGCCACAGAGGAAACAAGCGCCAGUAGCAACUGGAGAGUCACAGAGGAAACAAGCACCAGUAGCAAAUGGAAGGCCACAGAGGAAACAAGCGCCAGUAGCAACUGGAGAGUCACAGAAGAAACGAGGAAGGGCACAGAACAAACAAGCGCCAGAAGCAAAUGUAAGGCCACCGAAGAAACAAACGCCAGUUGCAAAUGGAAGGCCACAGGUGCAACAAACAGCAGUAGCAAAUGGAACGCCCGAGAUGAACCAUGCACAGGAUGCAUGUUGGACCUUGAAGAUGAACCAUGCACAGCUUGCAUGUUGGACCUCGAAGAUGAACCAAGUGCUGGAAGCAAAUGGAAAGCCCAUGAUGAAGCAAGUACCAGCAACAGAAGUGCUGGAGGCACCAAAACAGGAAGAGGUGCCGAUUCAGAUGGUCAAUCCGCAAGUGGCAACUAAGAAGGCACCGCUGAGCGCAAUCAUCAACCUGGACGACGACGACGACGACGAUGAGGAGGGCGGCGACGGGAGCGCGCCGUGCGUCAUCCUGAAGACCGACACAGGUGCUGCGGGUGAGCUGAUUUGCGAGGAAGCGAUGGAGAUCCUGCAGAGGGCGAGGAAGAGGCGGCGGAGGGAGGAAAACAGGGCCGUCGUGCUCUUCCAAGAGUAGCAGCAGGCCGGCGGUGACGACUGUCGGCGGACAGUGUUUUAACAGAGAGUAGAAGAGGCACAUAGAGGUAGAGGGGGUAAAUGUUUAUGGCAAGGGGUGAUGGUGAAUAGUGAAUACUGAAGUAGUGUUGCUGUGUUAACUUGGUCGGGUCAGGUGGUCUAUAUAUAGAUUAAGGCCGGCGUGAAGGAGAAGUGGAGAAGGCAUACAUCAUGCCAUGCGUGCGUCCAUCUUUCCACAGUGGAGUAUACUUGUUGGCUAGUAGUAUAUAUGUGCUGUGUUGGGGACAUCCACACACGGGGACACAGGUUGUUUUCCACUGAAUGAGAAUACAGAUCUGUCUGUUUAUAUUUCCUGCUA